UGACUGUCAAACAUAGUUUCGCUAAUGCUGGAAGUGUGCUUGUGUUUGAGAAUGUGGAAGGAAUGGUUUUAUAUGAAAUGAAUGAGAUGCAUCAGUCAGAGCUGCGUCUGUCAUGGACUCCACGCUGAGCUGCACUUGUGAGAACAGAAUAAUGUAGGUUUACAACACCAUCUCACAUCCUUCUGCCAUCCGGCUGUGUGUCAGUGGGUGUGGCUCAUGCUGGCCUCUUCGCUCUUUACCCAAGUCUGAUGAAUGCUUUCUCAGUUCAUCCACUGUAUCUUCUGAAAUACAGUUGCUCAAAAAGACUGAAUGCAAACUCAGCAAUGGCCUCGCUGUGAUGGUGUUAACUGAGACUAAACAGGGAAACUCAUCCCUGUCCAGUGUUUCUGAAUCAUCAGAAAUGCCCAGUAUCUCCGUCUUGUCCACCUCAUCACAGCUGAAGUAUGUUUCUCUGGGGGUGCUGGUACUGCAGACCACCUCUUUGGUACUGACAAUGCGUUACUCUCGUACGCUUCAGUCUGAAGGUCCGCGCUAUCUGGCGUCAUCUGCUGUAGUGUGUGCUGAAGUUCUGAAGAUUGUUGCCUGCUUGCUGCUUGUCUUCAGAGACCACAGUUUCAGUGUUCAUGCACUGAAUCAGGUGUUGAAGGAGGAAAUAAUCAACAAGCCCCUGCUAACACUGAAGCUGGCCAUUCCCUCAGGUAUCUACACACUGCAGAACAACCUGCUCUAUGUGGCUCUGUCAAAUCUAGAUGCAGCUACCUACCAGGUUACGUAUCAGCUGAAAAUUCUCACUACAGCGCUGUUCUCCGUGUUUAUGUUGGGCAAAAGUCUUGCCUUUUACCAGUGGCUCUCACUAGUCAUUCUGAUGACUGGAAUUGCACUUGUCCAGUGGCCAGCUGAACCUGCAUCAGUCACUAAGCAGGAGGACCUGACCGCCGGCUCUCAGCUGAUGGGUCUGCUGGCUGUGCUUGUGGCCUGCUUCUCCAGCGGAUUUGCUGGCGUGUAUUUUGAAAAGAUCCUCAAAGAGAGCAAGCAGAACGUCUGGGUCCGUAAUAUUCAGCUAGGUUUAUUUGGAUUGAUUUUUGGACUUGGAGGAGUGUUUGUGUGUGAUGGAGAAAGAGUGCAUGAGAAUGGACUCUUUCAAGGGUACAGCGGUCUGACAUGGACUGUGGUGGCUCUUCAGGCUUUGGGUGGGUUAGUCAUUGCAGCUGUCAUCACAUAUGCAGAUAACAUCCUGAAGGGCUUUGCAACAUCCAUCUCCAUCAUUCUAUCCACCUUCAUCUCCUAUUUCUUGUUGGAUGAUUUUGACCCAACUAGUGUGUUUUUCCUGGGUGCCAUGCUGGUUAUUGCUGCUACGUUUCUCUACGGGUAUGAGAGCAAAUCUGCGGUCAACCCUAGUAAAGUACAGAAGACUGGACACGAGAUGAUAAACACUCCAAAUCAUUAAUGUCUGUUAGGAUGCUGUACUUCAGGUGAAGUUCAGGACAACUGAAGCAGUGAUAUUGUAAGGAUGCUAUAAGAAAGUAGCACAGAGAAAAACAAAACACUCAGUCAUCCAAAACUUGAACUGUCUUCUAUAUGAUAUGUUAUGAAAGGCAAAGUGAUCUUGUUGCAUUCAGCUGACUUUAAGGACUUCAUUUGAAAAGUGUUUACAAGGGAUCUCUGUGACAGAGCCUUGCAAAUUCCAUUUGUUACAGUUUUAACAUUUAUUUUUUGUGCCAUACAAUGGCAUAUUGAGAAAGGGAUUGUUUUACUUGAAUGUGUCUUUUGAGAAGCAUCAUUUUCUCAAAGCCAAUAAAAAGUGUUUCUAAAAUGU